AUGAAUUUAACUAUUGAUGGAAAAUAAAAAGUGAACUAAUUUCUUAGAUUGCUUAAGAUCUUCUCACAUCCCUUAAUCAUCUGUGAUUAUCAAAGUAUGUGUACAUAAUCAUUUUAGAAAUGUAAUUUUCAGAAAUGCCAGAGAAUCAGUUCUUCAAUGAUUUUAAUAAAACUGAUUCUCCUGCUUUUUUUGCCUAAUUAGACAGUGAUUUCUUUACUCAAUUCCAAACCUAAAUUAGAGAAAAUCAUCUUUUAUUUACUUAAUUACACUUUUCUAACAUAGAAUUGUAGUCUGAAGCAGCUAUUCUUAAUUCAUAAUUAAAGUAUAUAUGUUCAUAUAUACCGACUGAUAUCAUAUACAGAUCAAUUAAACCAUUAAUCAAAUCUUAAAUAAAACAAAUUAAACUAUCAUUUGCUUACAUGAUAUCAGAUUCUUAUUAAGAUGACAAAAAAAUUUAGUUACAAUUUAUGGUUGGAACCUAUUCAGAAGAUGGUUAUUUUACUAUCACUAAACCUAUUUCAUAGUUAACUCCUAGAAUAUUUGAAUUACCUAACUUAUAAAAUCAUUUGAUUAGUUUCAAUCAUUUGACUUGUAAAACUAUUCUUUCACAAAUGAAAUCACACUCUAUUUAAAUGCUUUUUAGUAGAAAUUUUAUCUAAUUUAAUCCUAUUUCUUUUGACUCAGAAUUAGUUGAAAUUUAAGCUAAUUCUUUUACUCAUUAUGAUUAAAACUAUAUUGAAAAUUUAUAUGGUGAAUUGAAAACAUAAUUGAUAUAUUCCAGAACAUUCAAUCCUAUCUUUAAUUUUAGUCAGAAAUACAAAUUAGAUUGUUCCAUUUAUAUUAGUCCUUCAAGAUAAUUUACUAAUAAAAAUGCCAUUUUCUAUUUCGUUUAUAAUUAAUAACAUUUACAAUUAUGUAGUAGAUAAUAAGUUAAUCUAAAUAAUUAAAGUAAACCUUAAGCUAAAAUCUUUCAUCAUACAGAUUUUCUUAAAGAUAUUUAAUUUAUUCAAAGUAAUAUUAAAAAGAAAACUACCGAUUUAUAGAUUACCACUACUCAUCAUAAAAAUUCCUCAUCUUUUAAUUAUGAUGAUCCUCCAAUUAAAAUGGCUUGCUCUGAUGUUAUGAAUAGCAACACAAAAAUAUUUAAUCAACAAGAACCUUUGUUAUUUGUGCCUCCUAAAGUAACUGGAUCUAUAAGUUAAGCUAUUUAAGACUUUAUGACAAGAUAAUCUUGUUAAUAACUUAGUUUGAAUUCUUAAAAAUUUUCAAAAAGUUUUCAGAACUGA